CUGAGAAAGUGAAGCCUGCACCAGCCUCCUGUCCUUUCACUUUGGAAAAAGGGAAGUCACCAAGUGUAAGCUAGAAGUAGGUGCUACUGCCAUCAGCAGGUCCCACCCAGAGCUGCCUUCCCCUCCCCAACCAGAAGUCAUCACUUCUCUGUGUUUAGCGAGACUUCCCCACACCCCUGGGGACAAGGAGGACCUCACAUAAGGAGAUGGUUUUGUGGUUUGAAACAAAACGUUUUCCUUGAGACAGAGAGUACCAUUUCAGCUUUGAUGUACAAAUUUGCCAGCGAAACCCACCAGUGACCCAAGGAAGAAAAGGCAGGGUUUUCUCCAGUUUGUUCACUGGGUCAACAGGGACAUUCAGAUCUGUUCUGUGCCUUUUCCUGGAUGGCCCUGGGACCAGAAUCUGAAUCGUAAGAAAUGCCCAGAAGGCUCCCUCCCUUGGUCCUUCAGUUCAGUUUGGCCAAUAAAACAUCUGCGGGAGGGGUCAUCGGCCUCCUGUCCAGCCUGUCACUGGUGCUCACUUUAGUACCUCAAGCCUGGCCACUCACAGAGCCCUGCUGUCACUAAGUUCCAGGGCUACACUGCCAGACGACUACUUUAUGAAUGGUCUAUUAAAUUUUCCCCCGAUUAUUCCAAUUUGAAUAUACAAUCUGUUCUUUGUCAGAACCCAGGCUUAAAGGAGACUCUAGGCAUCUGUGAACUGUCACCCUGGUCUUACUUGGGUCUCAAUGGAUGAGUUCCUGCCCCACACUGACCAACAUGAAGGGCAUGGUACCACCCUCCUCAUGGUUGCCUCCUACGCUGGCCACAUAGACUGUGUGAGGGAGCUGGUUCUGCAGGGAGCGGACAUCAACCUCCAGAGAGAGUCAGGUACAACUGCCCUGUUCUUUGCUGCCCAGCAAGGCCACAAUGACGUCGUGAGAUUUCUCUUUGGAUUCGGAGCAUCCACUGAAUGUAGGACCAAAGAUGGGGGCACUGCCCUGUUGGCUGCCAGUCAAUAUGGGCACAUGCCAGUGGUGGAGACCUUGCUGAAACAUGGAGCCAACAUCCAUGACCAACUUUAUGAUGGAGCCACUGCCCUCUUCCUAGCUGCCCAGGGUGGUUACUUGGAUGUCAUUCGGCUACUUCUGUCUUCAGGAGCAAAAGUCAACCAGCCAAGGCAGGAUGGAACCGUGCCUCUGUGGAUCGCAUCCCAGAUGGGCCACAGCGAGGUGGUGCGCGUGAUGCUGCUGAGGGGAGCCGACCGUGACGCUGCACGCAACGACGGUACCACAGCACUGCUGAAAGCCGCCAACAAAGGGUAUAAUGAUGUCAUAGAGGAGUUGCUCAAAUUCUCACCUACUCUCGGUAUUUUGAAGAAUGGGACUUCGGCUCUCCAUGCAGCAGUGCUCAGCGGGAAUAUUGAAACAGUUGCGCUGCUCCUGGAAGCAGGGGCAGAUCCAGCCUUGAGAAACAAGGCCAAUGAGCUCCCCGCAGAACUAACCAAAAAUGAACACAUACUGCGCCUCCUGAGAAGCAAAGAAGGACCCAGCAAGAACGAAUUUGGUUCCACCCUAGAUAGAUAGAAACUUAAGCCACAUUGUCCAGAGAGAAAUGGUUUUUAACAAUGUCGGAAAUUCUUUGAAGAAAGAAUGCUUACCAUGUGGGCUUGUGCAUUGUGCACGAAAAUCCAAGAAGGGCUUAGAGUCCACUUCCCCUUACAGGGCUUCUCACACUGCCCUGUAACUUGGCCCUGGGGAUAUUCACAGAUUUCACAGAAACUUAUUUACAACUGUGCUAGCCUGAGUCCCUUGGUUAAACUUGAUGUUCGACAUGGUUUUCGUUCUAAAAAGGGGAGACAAAAGGUCUUGUUCUUUAAGAGUCAAAGAUUGACCUUCAGCAAAUCAAUGCAUUUUUGCUUUUGUGUUAAAUGUAGCUAUGCUAAAAUAUGUUACAUCCAUCAUAUUCAUCAUAGUUAUGUAUGUCCAUUCGGUGUAAAAUCUUUCCUGCCACCUGGAGACCAUAGCCAUGAUACUGUGACCCGAUGAUACCUGAGCAUCCAUUAUUUAAGAUCCACUCUGACAUUCCACUAUGUGCUACUCAAAGAUGAGACAUUAACACAUAGAAAAGAUACAGUAUGUUGGUUGUUGAAGCCUCAUCUUAUUCAUAAUAUAUAAAAUCACUGUCUCUUAGUGGACCGUGUCUGUGUUUGAGGAAACCAGUGGAAAAUCGAAAACCCCAAAAGCUGCAAACCAUAAGUCUCUUUGAGCUUUGAUUUUCGUUUUAUUGUCUAGAGUCCAUGUCCCAUGCCACAGAUGAGUGCACAACAUGCUGUGGGAUCUGGCUUCCAGCAGCUGUCUCUAACACACAGGCUUUGAGCUCAUUGGACAAAACACGAUAUACAUAAGUACUGUUGUUGUUACUGUUACUACUUGGGGAGUAUCCAUAGUAAAAGGCAUUGGUAGCAUUUCCCAGGUGCUCAUGGGUGGACUGGAUCCAAGAAAGAACCCCAAGUUUACUAAUUGUUUCUUUGAGGGGCCCUAAAGUUGAUGUUCAAUGUCCUUUCAAUGGUGUCUAGCUGCCUCUGUCAGUGCCUGACUGCACACACAGAAAUCAAGUUUUCUUCUGUAUCAUACCCUAUGAAAUACUAGUAAUACUUCUUUUUAUUUAAACACGUAUGUAAUGGUCCUUGCUCAUGUUUCCAACCAAUAGUUUCUAUGUAAAGUCAUAUUAACAUGGAGGUAAAAGUAAUCCUAAAUUAGUUUUGCUUUAACCAACAUGCAAUGGUAGCAUUACCUUUAUGUCAUUAAUUGCCAGAAUGAAACUUUUGAAAUUAGAAGAUAGUCUCUUAAAAUUAUUUAUGAUAAAUUCAAUCAGAAUGGGGAGAUUUUGAUAAACAUUGCUCACAAAGCCAGUACAAAGAGUAUGAGACUCUUGCCAAAGAUGGGCAGUGCAAAAAUCCCCAGGGUAAUUUUGAGACGAAAGAUGAAAAAACUGAACGUUGCCAAAACACCAGACACAAAUAUUUGGCAGCGAAAGAUCAGUGCCAACUUCCUCAUUGGCAGCCUCUUACUCAGCAGAGUUAUACUGAAUAUACACACUUGCCCUUGGGAAUUUUGAAAUGCUAAGAAAAUAAUGUGGCUGUAAAUGCUUUGCAUUUUAGUUAGCCCUAUACCAGAACCAGCUGUUCAUCACUGAUCCAAAACAGAGGAGUAGUGUGGGUACCAACAUUGAAAUCAGGAACUUCGUGUUUUUCACUAAAACAUGUUGGUCUGUCCCUCAUAUGAACUAUUUUAGGACCGUGGAAUUAAUUCAGUAUCUUUAGCAAUACUUAAUAAAAGACCUUUGUACUUUAGGAAACAGGCUAUCUAGAUUAGCAUUUGAUCUAGAUGCAGUUUUGAUGUCAUCCUUGCAGGGAAGUUAAGAACUUACCAAAGACUGAACAAAAUGUCUGUUGUUUCAAGAACCAUGCUUCAGUUUGUUCUCCUGUAAAAGACUGUUGCUUUAUAUUAGUCUCAUUAGCAAUUCAGUUUUCAUCCAAAGACUUAACACAAGAGGUUCCUAUGAAAUAAAAUAAUCUGUUUAACUGCACUACAAAAGCUUGCCGCUACAUCCAUUUGAUUGACAGCACAUUCCAUAUUAUACUUCAAAUAAAGUUAAUACACUUCCUGA